AUGUCGUAUCUGUUCUCGACUCUGAUCGUCUUCGGUCUGGCCUGGCUCUCAUACAUCGUCGGGCUUGUUGUAUACAGACUCUACUUCCACCCGUUGGCUCGAUUUCCGGGGCCCAAGUACGCGGCAAUAAGCAGGUGGCAUGAAUACUACUACGACGUCCAUUUACAGGGGAAAUUCAUCUUCCACAUCAAGGCCCUGCACGAAAAGUAUGGACCCAUUGUUCGCAUCACCCCAGACGAGGUCCAUAUUCUCGACUCGGAUUUCUGGGAAACCAUCUUCACCAAGGCCGGGAGGGUCGACAAGUACGACUGGAUGUCUGGGCGGUUCGGGAACGAGAACUCGGUCCUGAGCACGGCUCCAGAUGAGCUGCACCGCAUCCGGCGAAACGCGUUGAAUCCGUUCUUCUCGCGAAAGAGAAUCAUUGACCUGCAGGUCAUCAUUCGCAAGAAGCUCAACCAGUUGAUCGUCAAAGCACGAGAAUACCAGCAGUCGGGCGCCCCAGUGGUCAUCAGUCGCGGCUAUAUGGCCUUGGCUGAAGACGUGAUCAUGGAAUACUGCUUUGCUCACGAUUACAACAGUCUCGAUGUUGCCGAGUGGACGCCGAUUCUUCACGACCCAAUGAGGGCCGUCAGCAUCAGUGGGAACAUGUCGCUGCAAUUCCCUCUGGUGCCCAAGAUCUUGAAUUGCUUGCCGCAGGCCUGGCUCGUCAAGCUGGAGCCAUUAUAUGCCCUUGUCUCUAAGAUGCAACGAGACUUUGCCAGACAGAUCGUCAAUUUGAAGGCCGGGAAGAUUGAUGCCCUUGCUGAGAAAAACGAUCAUCCUACUGUGUUUUCGGAGCUGAUUCGAGGCGACCUGCCCCCCAGUGAGAAGUCUGACCGACGCCUGCAGGACGAAGCACAGUUGAUCAUAGGCGCAGGGGUCGUCACCACCGGCUGGACUCUCAGUGUAGCCACCUUCUAUAUUUUGAGCGAUCCGAAUGUCCUUGGACGUCUGCGCAAAGAGCUCGAGGAAGCCAUUCCAGACACCGACGAGCUGGACCCCAGCGAGCCGCUCGAAUGGACAGAACUGGAGAAGCUUCCUUAUCUGUCAGCUUGCAUAAAAGAAGCCGUCAGACUGUCCUAUUCCACGACGGCACGCAAUGCCCGUCUGUUUCCCAAGACAAUCCAGUACGGCAAAUGGACCAUCCCGGCCAGGACGCCGAUUUCGAUGACGAUCCCGUUUCUCAACCAUGACGAGGAAAUCUUCCCAAACUCCACGUCCUUUGUCCCUGAGAGGUGGCUCGACUCACCAAAGGCCAAGAACGGAUCCAGUUUAGACAGGUAUUUCGUGGGAUUUGGUAAAGGCACGAGGUCUUGUUUGGGAAUCAACCUCGCUCAUGCCGAAUUGUACUUAACCCUGGCGGCUAUGUUCCGGUACUUCCAGCUUGAGCUGUACGAGACCGAUAAGAGUAAUGUGGAGUUGGCUCACGACUUCUUUCUUCCAUUUCCCAGACUUGAUUCCAAGGGGAUUCAGGUGACUGUCAAACCGAGAAAGAAGAAUGGAUGA